UGACCGCAAGCCGUGCGCCACUCUAAAUCAAAAUCAACCGUCCUCUUCCGAUUCAACUCUCUCCUCUCUCUCUCUCAUAAAAAUCCAGAAGCCACAGAAUUUCAUACAUUAAACAACAAUAGAGCUUUAUCUUCUUCAUCCAAACCCCAGAUUCGCGCACACAACCAAUCCCCGCAACCAAACACACACAGACAUGGCUUCUUCUACCUUCAGCGGCGACGAAACCGCUCCUUUCUUCGGCUUCCUCGGAGCCGCCGCAGCUCUCGUCUUCUCCUGCAUGGGUGCGGCUUACGGCACAGCAAAGAGUGGGGUGGGUGUGGCCUCCAUGGGAGUGAUGCGGCCUGAGCUGGUGAUGAAAUCGAUCGUGCCGGUGGUUAUGGCUGGAGUGCUUGGGAUCUAUGGGCUCAUCAUAGCUGUUAUUAUUAGCACCGGGAUUAACCCAAAGGCCAAAUCUUAUUACCUCUUUGAUGGGUACGCGCACUUGUCCUCUGGCCUUGCUUGUGGUCUCGCCGGACUGUCCGCCGGAAUGGCCAUUGGGAUAGUCGGUGACGCCGGUGUCCGGGCUAAUGCACAGCAGCCAAAGCUCUUCGUUGGUAUGAUUCUUAUCCUUAUCUUCGCCGAAGCUCUUGCCUUGUAUGGCCUCAUUGUGGGGAUCAUCCUCUCAUCCCGAUCAGGGCAAUCUCGCGCAGAUUAAGGAAGUCAAGUUUGUUGCUCCUCUAGAUUAUUUGAAGAGGAUAUUAUUAUUAUGCCUUUACAAUGGUGUUGUCUCUAUAUAGCUUGGUUAAUUUUAGUUAGAGUUAUAUUAUUUGAGCUGCACGAUGCCUGUAGUUAUGAAGAAACAAUUGUUUUGAAUGUCAGUUUUCUCAUGCUCCAAAAUAAGGACAGAUUAGUUAAUGAAAACUUAACCUUGUUGAAGAGGAUUGGUGUUUUUAA